AUGGAAGAUCAACAACAUGCAGAGGAUAUUGCCACGCAUGGUCCAUCGAAUGCCCAAGAGGAUACCAGCCAGAAAGAAAAAUUUGCUUCCCCUUUGCCAAUAAGCAAUAAAACUGCAAAAUCAAAUGAACCAUCUACUGCGUCGAAUGAAACCGCAGUUGCAUCCACUUGCAAUGAUUCCACUUCCCACCAUGUUAGCAAAGAAAAUAAUAAAUCGUCUCUAACCAGGGAUAAAAUCAUCAAAAAUAUCCCUUAUGACGAACCAAUUUGGAGUGGAAUAGCUGAUAAAAAUUAUACUUUAGAGGUGUUAAAGAAUGGAUGUAUUGUGGAUAUUUGGAAGUUAAAUGAUAAAGCUUAUUAUAUAUUUGGUCGUUCACCUGUAUGCGACUUUGUUCUGGAUCAUCCUUCUGUUUCUCGAUGUCAUGCAGUCUUACAAUUUCACAAAUAUAAUCAUGAUGACGCUGGUAAAGUUGGUUUUUACAUGUACGAUUUGGCUAGCACACAUGGAUCACAAAUAAAUAAAUCACCUGUCGAACCACGUCGUUAUUAUCGUUUGAGAGUGGGUCAUAUGAUAAAAUUUGGUAGUAGUUCUAGAGUUUAUAUUCUACAGGGCCCUAGCGAUGAUCAAGAGGAAGAAAUUUAUGUUUCUGAUAGUAGGAAAGCGGUAAAACAAAUAAUGAAUGCAGAAGAGGUCGAAGAAUGGAAACACAAACAGGAGAAAGACCGAAAGGGAGAUUCAAGAAAAGAGGACAAGAACGAUGUUACAUGGGGUAUUGGUAAGCUCAACCAUACAAUUAGUAGGAUGCAUUUAUAA